AUGAUGAAAGAACAGAGCCUUCCCGUUUGCUCUGUGCUCGCCAUUGUUGGCUUUCGCUACAGAAAGGCAGAUUACAUGUACGAAAAAGAUUGGGAAGAGCUCUUCAGCAAUGACCAUGAUGCCGUGCUGAAGCUUGCGUAUACUGUUUCCCAGCCGCGGAAGUUUACUAAUAUAUUUCACAGAUUCUCUCGCGACGGGAAGCAAAAGGAGUAUGUCCAACACAAGAUUGCUCUGUUCUCAGAUGAAAUCUGGGACGCUCUGACGUCGUUUCUCGAUUUUGAUCUGCUGGGGCUAUGCCAAGAGCUGUCGAGGAAGCUUUCAUCAAGGCAUCAGGCGAGCAGAGCACCUCGUGGUGGUUAA